GCGAAACCUGAAAAUGAUGCGGGCGGUUAGAAGUUUAGAAACAGAACCCAGAAAGUUCCUCCUCCUAUAUAAGCAACCCACAAUCUGUAACCCUAGUUCUCUCUUUCCCCUUUUAUCAUCUUAGGUUUUCCACCGGAAACCUAAAAUCCUAGUCGCCGGAUGGGAACGGAGAGGAAGAGGAAGGUCAGUUUGUUUGAUGUGGUUGAUGAUACGGCCACAAAGAAAGCCAAUCUAACCUUAAAUGGUGGAAACAGUAUGAUGGCAUCUUCGAUUAACAAGUGGACUGGAAAGCCUUAUUCACAGAGAUUUUAUGAUAUUUUGGAGAAGAGGAAGACUCUUCCUGUUUGGCAUCAAAAGGAGGAGUUUUUACAGGCUUUGAAAUCUAAUCAAACUCUUAUACUCGUUGGUGAAACUGGUAGUGGUAAAACUACUCAGAUUCCACAGUUUGUUUUGGAUGCUGUUGAAGUAGAGACAGCUGAUAAGCGAAGGAAGUAUAUGAUUGGUUGUACUCAACCUCGGAGGGUGGCUGCAAUGUCUGUGUCUCGUCGAGUUGCUGAAGAGAUGGAUGUUGUAAUUGGGGAAGAAGUUGGAUAUAGCAUUCGUUUUGAAGACUGCACUAGUGCUAGAACUGUUUUGAAAUACUUGACAGAUGGUAUGCUUUUAAGAGAAGCAAUGGCAGAUCCUCUAUUGGAACGCUACAAGGUAAUUAUUCUUGAUGAAGCUCAUGAAAGAACUUUGGCAACAGAUGUCCUGUUUGGGCUUCUGAAGGAAGUUUUGAAAAACAGACCAGACCUGAAGCUAGUUGUUAUGAGUGCCACACUUGAGGCAGAGAAGUUUCAGGGUUACUUCUAUGGUGCACCUCUCAUGAAAGUUCCUGGAAGGCUCCAUCCGGUGGAAAUUUUCUACACUCAGGAUCCUGAAAGAGACUAUCUUGAGGCUGCCAUUCGGACUGUGGUGCAGAUACACACAUGUGAACCUCCUGGUGACAUUCUUGUCUUCCUUACCGGAGAAGAGGAGAUUGAAGAUGCAUGUCGCAAAAUCACAAAAGAGAUUGGUAAUAUGGGUGAUCAAGUGGGCCCCAUUAAAGCAGUGCCUCUUUAUUCUACACUUCCCCCAGCUAUGCAGCAAAAGAUAUUUGAACCAGCCCCACCACCGGUGGUGGAGGGUGGUCCUCCCGGCAGGAAGAUUGUUGUAUCAACCAACAUUGCGGAGACAUCUUUGACAAUAGAUGGCAUUGUUUAUGUCAUAGACCCAGGAUUUGCUAAGCAAAAGGUUUAUAACCCAAGGGUGCGUGUUGAGUCUUUGUUGGUGUCUCCUAUUUCAAAGGCCAGUGCGCACCAAAGAUCAGGACGUGCUGGACGAACACAGCCAGGAAAAUGCUUUAGACUUUACACGGAGAAAAGUUUCCAUAAUGAUCUUCAACCACAAACCUAUCCAGAAAUACUUCGGUCAAAUUUGGCUAAUACAGUUCUAACUUUGAAGAAGUUAGGUAUUGAUGACCUGGUUCAUUUUGAUUUUAUGGAUCCUCCUGCCCCGGAGACGUUGAUGAGAGCUCUAGAGGUUUUAAAUUACUUAGGAGCACUGGAUGAUGAUGGAAACAUGACCAAGUUGGGUGAGAUAAUGAGUGAAUUUCCUCUUGAUCCUCAGAUGGGGAAAAUGCUUGUUGUCAGCCCAGAAUUCAACUGCUCCAAUGAAAUCCUCUCAAUAUCUGCGAUGCUAUCAGUACCCAAUUGCUUUGUCCGGCCUAGGGAGGCUCAAAAAGCUGCUGAUGAAGCAAAGAAUCGGUUCGGUCACAUAGAUGGGGAUCAUUUGACGUUGCUGAAUGUGUAUCACGCCUAUAAGCAAAACCAGGAGGAUCCUCAAUGGUGUUAUGAGAAUUUCAUCAAUCAGAGGGCUCUCAAAUCAGCUGACAAUGUGAGGCAACAGCUUGCUCGUAUAAUGGCCAGGUUCAACCUCAAGUUAUGCAGCACAGACUUCAACAGUCGCGACUACUAUGUGAACAUAAGGAAGGCUAUGUUAGCUGGUUAUUUCAUGCAGGUUGCACACCUAGAGCGUACUGGGCAUUAUCUAACUGUUAAAGACAAUCAAGUGGUACACUUGCAUCCUUCAAAUUGCCUGGAUCACAAGCCAGAAUGGGUUAUAUAUAACGAAUAUGUCUUAACAAGCAGGAAUUUCAUUCGCACUGUGACUGAUAUCCGGGGUGAAUGGUUGGUUGAUAUUGCACCACACUACUAUGACCUUGCAAAUUUUCCACAAUGUGAGGCAAAACGUGUGCUUGAACGGUUAUACAAGAAGCGGGAGCGAGAAAAAGAUGAAAGCAAGAGCAAAAAAUGAGUAUGUUCUUCAUGAUUUCAGUCUCUCAGCAUAUAUGUGCACUCCUCCGGAGCUCUGGGGUCAAAAUUUGUCAGAUAGGUCAAAAAUUGAUGUACCAUCUUUUAUGUACUGUAAUCAUUUCAAUGUAUCCCGUCUGAACUAUUUAGCACCCUGUUUCUUGUUGCUGGAGUGAUCUUUUUUUUUUUUCCUCGUGUCCAGUGUUCUGGGAUAUUGGGCCGAUUUUUUGAUCUCUUUCCUCUGUUGAAGUAAACGUACGUAGCUUUUUUGCUGCAAAAACUUGAUUACAAUACGGGAAUGGGAUGAGGCUGCAUAACAUCUCGAAGGAUUUCAUGCCA